AUUUUAUCACGAUGUAUCCGAUGUAUGUUCUCACCAGCUCCUCUCAGCUGGGUUAUCAAACGAAGACAAAAAUUCACCCAGCAUUUCAUAGAACAAUAAAUAAAAGUAUUGUCUGAAUCACGUCUGAAUAAACAGAAUAAAGGAGCAAUAAUAACAAAUAGAUUGUAAAAGACAAACAAAUGCUACACCAAAGGGAGGAUUAUUCCAAUAAUAAUAACAGUACGACCAAACGCGUUGAUGAACGUUUGAACUUUGUUCGAAAUCAGUCAGUUUGCCGAAACCUCGAGUGUAUAUUGUUAUUGAGAAAUGAACAAUAUUAAUAGUGCCAUACUAUAAGUCAAGAGUGAUGAAAAUUUUAAAAAUGACGCAAUAUAAAUUUCGUGCGCGUAAUGAUAUUUUUUAGAAUAUCAACCAUGUCAAUGGGACUGAAUGGACGCGAGCAAGAGUUUCAUCGAGUUUUCUCCCUGUCAACUCGUUUAAGGAAAUCUUAGAUACUACGAGCAUAUGGUUUUACAGGUUGACGAAGUCGUUCGCGGGAACGGAAACGUACCCAGCCUACUGACAGCAAGGUCUUACAAUUUUGGAAGAUAUGAGUUUCAAAAAAUCCACCGCUCUCAUGUGGAUUCUGUACAUGUUGACGUUUGUUACGCUGUGCUAUGGCGUGCGACAACAACCGACAGAAAACCACAGUACGGGUCUUGUUCCGGAGCAGGAUGACUCGCUCUUACUUUUUUCUACUCUUGGUGGAUCGUUGAUCGGAGUUGAACAGCGUACUGGAAUUAUUCGCUGGCGCCAAGACAAUGAACCUGUAGUUAAAGUUCCAUACAACAUCGGACAAACCACCGUGCCCAUGUUUUUGCCGGAUCCGAAGGAUGGAUCGCUCUAUUUGUUUGGUGCUGGGUUCGAAGUUUUGAAAAAACUGCCAUUCACGAUACCGCAAUUGGUCGCGAGUAGUCCUUGUCGUAGCAGCGAUGGUAUUCUAUAUACGGGGCGGAAAAUCGAUACGUGGUUCAGCAUUGAUCCUCUUACGGGGGAUAAGGAACAUCUCAUGGGUUUCGAUCAGGUUGAAAAUACAUGCCCCCUCGAGAUUCAAGAUGCGAUUUACGUCGGUCGGACCGAAUAUAACAUUAUAAUGAUUGACACGAAGAACAAGGAUAGAAAGUGGAACGUAACGUUCUAUGACUAUUCUGCAACAAAAAGGGAAACCGAGGGAGUUGAUAAUUAUGAUCUAGUACACUUUACGACGAGCUCAACGGGGCGAGUCGUAACACUUGAUGGGAGGCUGGGAAUUGCACUAUGGGAAUUGGAUUUAGGGAGCCCCGUAAUUGGAGCUUACACCUUCAGCAAAGAUGGCUUGGUAACUGUCCCAUUCACGAGUGUCGCCGAGGGUACUUUGACCAAUCUCCUGCAAACGUUCAGCCUCGAAAGAAGUGACGUCAAGUUAUUCCCUACGCUCUACAUUGGCGAGCAUCGACAUGGGUUGUACGCACUCCCAUCGUUGGUCGAUUAUUCGAUACCAACGAUCUCGAGUAACGCAGGGCAUAUGAUGCUGGAAGGGCCUCAUACGAUUCCGGACGUAUACAAAAAUGAAGAUACGAUCCCGGCUCCCGGUGAUAACGUGAAAGUGACUCGGAUCGAGAACCUUGGAGAUGAUUACCAGAGUGUUCUCGAUGAUAAAAAAUUUAUAAUGCUGGGUCAUUACAAAGUUCCUGCAGAGUACAAGCCUCAUAAUCAACAACUGCAAAUAACUGGACGUUCCGAUCCUAUUAUACGAACUAAUCCACCGGCAUUGAACGCAACUGGUAAAUUGGUAGUUCCAGUUAAGGUAGAUGAAAACACCAAUGGCACGCGCGAUAACAAAGGAUGGCGAAAGGCAAUCGCCAUGUCCUACAACGCGAGCAAACUUUGGCUUAAUCAACAGGAAAGCAAAGGACUCAAAUUGCUUAUUUUAAUCCUGUUUGGAUGUAUAAUAGCGAUGUGCUGGUACGUUGCUGCCAUGAACAAGGAAGUUCAACAAUUGUCGCAGCACUUUGAUCAGGGUUCGAGAGAAAAUAGCCGUACAAACAGCAGCGGACGUAAUGACAACUUGGCAGUUGUUGAAGAUAUAUGCGAAGGUACGGUGAGGGUGGGAAAAAUUAUUAUCAAUACGACAGAAGUUUUAGGAAAAGGAUGCGAAGGAACUUUCGUCUACAAAGGUCAAUUCGACGGGAGAUCCGUCGCGGUGAAGAGAUUACUGCCAGAUUGUUUCACUUUUGCCGAUCGCGAAGUGGCUCUUUUACGGGAAUCGGAUGCACACGCAAAUGUUGUGCGGUAUUUUUGUACCGAGCAGGAUAGAAUGUUUCGUUACAUCGCCCUCGAGUUGGCACAAGCAACGCUUCACGAUUACGUCGCUGGCACUUAUACUAACGACGCAAUAUCGACCAAAAGUAUUUUGCUCCAGGCAACUUCGGGUCUUGCUCAUUUACACUCACUGGAUAUUGUUCACCGAGAUAUCAAACCUCACAAUGUUUUAUUAUCGGUAACUGGACAGAGGGGUGAAGUCAGAGCGAUGAUAUCAGACUUUGGACUAUGCAAAAAGCUUCAGUUGGGUCGUAUGUCAUUUUCUCGAAGAUCCGGUAUUACUGGAACUGAUGGUUGGAUCGCACCGGAGAUUUUGAACGGCGAGAGAACGACGUGUGCCGUUGACAUAUUCUCUCUUGGCUGCGUAUUUUAUUACGUACUGUCCAGAGGAAAGCAUCCCUUCGGAGAUCCGCUGAGAAGACAAGCCAACAUUUUAUGUGGCGAAAGUAAUCUGCUUUCUCUACAGAGCGUUACCGAAAGUGAUAAACAAUCAGCUCUGAUAUUGAUAAGAGCUAUGAUCGCAAGUGAUCCAACUUCGAGACCAUCCGCUCUUGUCGUUCAAAAUUAUCCAUUCUUCUGGAAAGCAGCGCAUAUUCUAGGUUUUUUUCAGGAUGUUAGUGAUCGGGUUGAAAAGGACGAACCAAGCAGCCCUGCUUUAUUGGCAUUGGAGAGUGGAGGCAGUCGUGUUGUGAAGCGCGAUUGGAGAAUACACAUCGAUCAAGAAGUUGCGAGUGAUCUCCGAAGAUACAGGAGCUACCGGGGAGAGAGCGUGAGAGAUUUGCUUAGAGCGCUCAGAAAUAAGAAACAUCAUUACAGAGAAUUGACUAAAGAAGCCCAAGCGAGUUUAGGGGAGAUACCGGUGGCUUUUACCGAAUAUUGGCUCUCAAGAUUUCCCUUGUUGCUCUCGCAUACGUGGUGCUGCAUGCAGAAAUUCCGAAGCGAGCCAACUUUUCGAGAGUACUACAGUCGUGAUUUUUUAUUCAAUCACGAGUACAACGUUCAGGAAGACAGCGACGAAGCAGGUCCGAGUUUCGUCCUCCACAAUUCUGCGACAGGUUCAACACCGGCUUGGAGGGUUCGGGGCGACGGUGUUGAUUGGAGUCCAAACAGGGCGAGGAUUCGUGGUGCCCGAAGAAAGCAGGAUCGAAGAAAGGUCGAAGAACCGGUUGUUUGGUCAUUGCCUCCAGCGAGUUAGGCAAAUUAAGAUAUUUUGGACGAAGCAAUCUUUUAUCCCGCCGAACGGUUUCUCGAUAAAUGUUACACACCGUGGAUACGAAAACAAGAAAUCAUUGUAAAACCGGAUGUUUAGUCCCCAGAUCACAACUUUCCGGAGCGGUUUCGUGGACCAGUUUUAUUUCUUCUAAUAAUCGUGAGCUUGUGUGCGCAUUCGAGUGUUUGUGAAAAAGUGUCAAGUUUCACAGUGAUUUGUGAUAUUUUUAUCUCAGAGUAAUGACGAAGAAUCAAAGUCGAACGUUUGGAUAAAUAUGUUCGUUUUUCAACAGAAACUUGCAGCUAGGCCGACGAAUCUGUACAACAUUAUAAUAUUUUUUCAAUUAUCGUCAAGACCACACAUUUUUCAUAGUACUUACAAUCAACAUUACGGACGUAGCAAUACGUCUCAAACAUACAAUAAUAUUCAAAGGCACAAAACUACCAAGGAGUAUAGACGAAACUCGGAGGCACGCGUAGCAUUUUUUUCAUGCAACAGUGUAAAAUUUAUAUAUAUUUUAUGGACGAUGUUAUCUUAAGACUAUAUAUAUUUGAGAAUAGAGAUUUAUUUAUAUAUAUAUAUAUUGUAAACUUUAUAUAUUAACUCUUAUGGGCAAGUUGUAAAUAAUAGUGUGGUGUACAUUAAUCUCAAUAUUUCACAAGCGAUACUAUCAACGGGCUAUUACAGGCUCGUGGCUCUCCGUAAUUCGUAUGAAUAAUGAAGAGCAAAAUUCACUUGAUUUCCAAAGUAUCCAAAAAUCAAAUGUGGACGUUGAAUCAUUUCCACAAAAGUAUUUUAAUGACUAAAAAAUCGAGUUUUCUCCCGAAAAAGUUCAUGUUUUUUCGCGAUUCUCGUGUGUAGAAGAUCUGUUGAUUGUGAAAUAUUGAAGUUUAAAAAAAAAAUUUCUAAUUAUAUUGUGAAGAAACAAUGGGAAGCACUUUGCUAAUUUGAACAGAUAUAUGGCAAAGUUGAA